CCGGGCGGGGCGGGGCCGCGGCGCCCGAGUUUAGGCGGGGGCUGCCGGGAUCGGAGCUCCGCCGGGAUCUGAGCGCCGCAUUCUCGCUCGCCUCGGCGGCGCUGCUCAGCGCGGCCGGGCUCACCUCCGCAAGGCAUGUCUGCGCUGCUCUCAACGCGCGCCUGGGACUGCUAGCUUCUCCGGCGCUUCCUGCGCGCGGGGCCCCGCACCUGGUACCGAAGCCCGGCUCGCGCUGUACUCGCGGACCGCCGACGUCAUGGGGCUGCAGCCCCUGGAGUUCAGCGACUGCUACCUCGAUAGCCCGUGGUUCCGGGAGAGGAUCCGCGCCCACGAAGCGGAGCUGGAGAGGACCAACAAGUUCAUCAAAGAGCUCAUCAAGGACGGCAAGAACCUCAUCGCGGCGACCAAAAGUCUUUCGGCAGCCCAGCGGAAGUUUGCUCAUUCACUCAGAGACUUCAAAUUUGAGUUUAUCGGCGAUGCAGAGACUGACGAUGAACGCUGCAUAGAUGCUUCGUUACGUGAAUUUUCUAACUUUUUGAAGAAUCUGGAAGAGCAGAGAGAAAUUAUGGCAUUAAGUGUCACCGAAACCCUGAUUAAACCCUUGGAAAAAUUCAGAAAAGAGCAACUUGGAGCCGUCAAGGAAGAGAAAAAGAAGUUUGACAAAGAGACAGAAAAGAACUAUAGCCUAAUUGAUAAACAUUUGAAUUUAUCAGCGAAAAAGAAAGACUCACAUUUACAAGAGGCAGAUAUCCAAGUGGAACAGAACCGGCAACACUUUUACGAACUGUCUCUUGAAUACGUGUGUAAGCUUCAGGAAAUCCAAGAGAGGAAGAAGUUUGAGUUUGUGGAACCUAUGCUGUCAUUUUUUCAGGGAAUGUUUACUUUCUAUCAUCAAGGCCAUGAACUUGCCAAAGACUUCAAUCACUACAAAAUGGAACUACAGAUCAACAUUCAGAAUACACGGAAUCGUUUUGAAGGAACAAGGUCAGAAGUGGAAGAGCUUAUGAACAAGAUUAGACAGAAUCCCAAGGACCACAAACGAGCGAGUCAGUUCACAGCGGAAGGCUACCUGUAUGUACAGGAAAAAAGGCCUCCUCCAUUUGGUUCCAGCUGGGUCAAACACUACUGCAUGUAUCGGAAAGCGGCCAAGAAGUUCAACAUCAUUCCGUUCGAGCACAGAUCUGGGGGGAAACUAGGGGACGGAGAGGUGUUCUUUUUGAAAGAAUGUAUCAGAAGACAUACUGACUCCAUCGACAGAAGGUUUUGUUUUGAUGUAGAAGCUGCUGACCGGCCUGGAGUUUCUUUGACCAUGCAGGCGUUUUCGGAAGAGGAGAGGAAGCAGUGGUUGGAAGCUCUGGGUGGAAAAGAAGCUCUGUUCCCUAGUUUUAAUAGAGCCAUCAUCCCAAGACCAGAAGGAAGUGCACAGUUGGAUAAGAUGGGAUUCACAAUUCUUAGAAAAUGCAUCAGUGCAGUUGAAACACGAGGUAUAAACGACCAAGGAUUGUACAGAGUUGUGGGGGUGAGUUCAAAGGUCCAGAGACUUCUGAGUAUGUUGAUGGAUGUGAAAACCUGCAAUGAGGUGGACCUGGAGAAUUCUAUAGAUUGGGAAGUGAAGACAAUAACGAGUGCCCUGAAACAGUAUUUGAGGAGUCUUCCAGAGCCGCUGAUGACCUAUGAAUUACACGGAGACUUCAUCGUUCCAGCCAAAAGCGGCAGCCCAGAAUCUCGUGUUAACGCUAUCCAUUUCUUGGUACACAAACUGCCGGAGAAAAAUAAAGAAAUGUUGGAUAUUCUGGUGAAACACUUAACAAAUGUUUCAAAUCACUCCAAGCAGAACCUCAUGACCGUGGCAAAUUUAGGAGUGGUGUUUGGACCAACUCUGAUGAGGCCACAGGAAGAAACUGUUGCUGCCAUCAUGGAUUUGAAGUUUCAGAAUAUUGUCGUGGAAAUUUUAAUUGAAAACCAUGAAAAGAUUUUUAGGACCCUGCCUGAUGCCACACUGCCUGAGCCAGUCACCCUGUCAGCAUCACCCCCGAAUGCCCCACCAAGGCAGUCGAAGAGACAGGGCCAGAGGACUAAGAGACCCGUGGCUGUAUAUAAUCUUUGUCUUGAACUGGAAGAUGGUGACCGUCCCAAUCUUCCUAAGGAGGACACUCCUCCCAGCAGCCUGGACUCAUUUUCCUCCCCAUCUCCCACGGCUGCCGCUGCCCAUGGGCCCCCUGGACCAGACAGAAACCACCUUCUUGCAGAUGGGGGUACCUUUGGGGACUGGGCAUCCACUGCCUGUCCUCCCGCUCAGCAGAUAGAUGGCCGUCGUUUCAUCACCUGACUAUUUAUGACCAGGAAGGGUUGGUUCGGGUCGGGUAAACCACCUUAUCCUCCACCACCACCAGCACCCACCAACGCCUUGAGUAAUUGCUGGGAGAUAACAUGUCAGUUGUUUGGCUAACUGUGGUCUUAAAUUCUCUGUCAGAGCUUCACUCACGCCAUCCUCUCCCUUCCUGAUUCGUAAGAAGAACUCGUUAAAGUUUCAUUUUCUGCUGAAGAAUGGAGUGACUUUUGCUGUUGGUGAUACAGAUCACCUUGAGAUUUCUAGGUGUCUUCGCUUGGCAUGAAGUAGGUUUUAUGACUUCCAAAUGAAUGGCUGGAUAGGGGGAUUGUAAAUAAGCUGUUCAGAGAAUAAUGUUUUUAAAAUGUUCCUCCUUCCCCCCCUUUUCUGAUCAGAGUAAAGGCAACCUUCUGUGUGCUAAAUAUCUAUCCAGUCAGUAAUGCAAUGUUUCACGGGCCUGCUGUAUAAUACUCAGUUGUAGUGUUAGCACACGCGAACUGGCUGCUUCAGAUGUGGCUUGAAGACUUCCUGUGCCAAGCCCUCUGCCCGGCUUUGUGAAUCCACACAAAGAGUUAACCCACCUGCUCUCAACCCAGAGGCGGGAGAAAUGUCUGAAACCAACACAGAACAACUCAUGCUGAUCGGCCCUCCCGUUUAUUGGUGUGACGGGCCUUCAGAGAAGGUCUGUGACUUAGCCCAGAGGAGAAGAACUGCGGGAGGCAGCUGGAGCUGAGCCGGGGGGAGGGGACAGAUUGGAGCCAGCAGAGGAGCGGAAGAGCCUGAGGGGGGAGGAGGGGAAGUCAGGGGAGCAGAGCUGUGGGCUGAGCCGCCAGGCUGCCAGGGCAGGUGGGAGAGCACACCUGUUCCUGGGGAGGCACACGGGGUGGACUGGGUCUUACCCAGGUGGCUGAAUGUGGCUGACGGAACUGGCCGAAUGGGAGGCCUGGGGCUAGGGCCUUGGCUAGGAGAGCUCCGCCCUGACACCGGCAUGAGCAGUGAGAUUGGGAUCGUCUCCUGUUCUUGACGAGAGCAUAGAGAAAGGAACAGCCUGGGAGCUUUUUGCAGUAAAAAUGGACAGGAUGUGGUGUUAGUUCUGCUUUAGAAGAAGAAUCAAAGGUAACACUCAGUAAUAUGGAAGGACACGGAAGCUCCUUGUAGAAACUGGUUUUAGCCAAAGAGGGUGAAUUUGAGGUGAGGGGCAUCGGGGUAUAGCAGCAUUGAAUACAUAUGUGUUGAAAAUGUACUUGAGUAAAACGAGAAGCUUUCAGCACUGUGCUUUGAAAGCAAGCUUCGUAGACCAUCGUCACAAGCCUCCAGUUUUGAAAUCAUUGAAGAAUAAUUUAUUCAGAUCAACAUGUAUUUAUCGAACCCUCCACGUUUAGAAGCCCCUCCAUGGGUCUGUCUACUGACCUUUUUACAUUAACUUAUUUUCAAAAUUGGCAACUACUAGGGAAUGUUAAGGUCACCAAAGAUUUACUGUUCAUUGGUUUCUCCCUUAAAGGCUAGUCUUUGGUCCACUCUACAGGAAUCUUGAUUCCCAGUGGCAUUCUGUUCUGAGUUGCCACAUGUAUAUGACCAGAUGAAAGAGCUUUAUUUUUUUAUUGAAGUGUAGUUGCUUUACAAUAUUGUGUUAGUUUCUACUGUACAGCAAAGUGAAUCAGCUAUAUGUAUACGUAUAUCCCCUCUUUUUUGGAUUUCCUUCUCAUUUAGGUCACCACAGAGCAUUGAGUUGAGUUCCCUGUUCUAUACAACAGUAGGUUCUCAUUAGUUAUCUAUUUUAUGCAUAGUAUCAAUGGUGUAUAUAUGUCAGUCCCAGUCUCCCGGUUCAUCCCAUCCCCGCUUGGUAUCCAUACCUUUCUCCUCUAUGUCUGUGUCUCUAUUUCUGCUUUGUAAAUAAGAUCGUCUAUACCAAUUUUUUCAGAUUCCACACAUAUGCCUUAAUAUAUGAUAUUUGUUUUUCUCUUUCUGACUUACUUCACUCUGUAUGACAGUCUCUAGGUCCAUCCACAUCUCUACAAAUGACCCAAUUUUGUUCCUUUUUAUGGCUGGGUAAUAUUCCAUUGUAUAUAUGUACCACAUCUUCUUUAUCCAUUCCUCUGUUGAUGGGCAUUUAUGUCGCUUCCCUGUUCUGGCUGUUGUAAAUAGUGCUGCAGUGAACAUUGGGGUGCAUGUGUCUUUUUGAAUUAUGGUUUUUCUCUGGGUAUAUGCCCAGUCGUGGGAUUGCUGGGUCAUAUGGUAGUUUUAUUUUUAGUUUUCUAAGGAAUCUCCGUACUGUUCUCCGUAAUGGCUGUACCAAUUUAGACAUUAAAAGGCCACUGUUGAAUAUUUAGAGCUAUAGGUCAUGGGCUUGACUGUAGAUUCUUGUGACUUUCCUUAUAAGCAGAAAACAUGAAUACCUCGAAAGUCCAAGCAACUAGUUUUGGCCGUUGGAUUCUGGUGUUGUAAUUAGUGCGCCAGUAUGGUGCUAGGUUGGACAAGACUAGAUCUUCUCCACAAACCUGAAGAAGUACAAUGAGGCAUCUCUAGUUUUGGGGUGUGGCUCUUGGGGCUACAGACCUGGGAGGAGGUGGAGAGGACUCUGUCCCUUUCAGUCAUCAGGAGAGAGAAAGGAACUAUCACCCUAGCCAUUGAGGGAUGGGGUGUCAUGUGUUUGGUGUUCCGUGGCCUUUAUACUAUUAAUCCUGUUCUUC